CUCUCUCUCUCUCUCUAGAAAAAUAUUUUGCAUUUUCUUUCAAGGAAAAUCUUCUCUCUGAUCAUAGGAACCAGAGGUAAAUUUUGGUUCACGCAAUGGAAACCCUUUGUGGCCACUUGAACCAGAGGUAAAUCUGGGAGAGAUGGGUUAAUGUUUAAACAACAAUGGCGGUUAUUAUUUUCAAUCUUUGUGGCCUUUCUUUACUUUUUUUAUGGAGUUGUAAUUUCCACUUUUGCCAUUGAUGGAUUCCUUUUUAAGCUUCGAAGAGUUCUCUUCCUGUUACACAUACCCGUGAAAUCGUUUUAAGGGCUUCAGUAAGGUCUCUAUGCUGGGACCCUUCCUCUCUCCACUAUUUGUUGUUGCCUGGUUUUGUCUCUUACCACCUCCUUCACUAUUAAGAAGGCCUCUUUCAUGUUGGUUUCUUGCCAUCAGUUCAACAAUGUCCAUUGGUAUAUCAUCUCGAAAUUGUUUGUGCAUGAUGUUGUUCCAUGAUACAUGCUUCUUCCUGCUGUGAGCUUGAGGAGUAUAUAAGCAUCCAUGCCUAUCAAUUAUCAUUUAACAGAAAAAAGUACCAAUAUUACUGAUUAUGCAGGAUUCAUACUUUAAUGUCUAUUUGAUUUGUGUGGCUAUUAGUUGAAUUUGCCUUAUUUUAUUUGCAUCAAGUUGACAUUUAAUAUGUACAGUUCACAGGAUACUUUUAAUUCCAGAUGAUGUGUGUAUUCAAAUGUUAGAAAAUUGCAACACUUUUUAUUUGGAUCAGGUUUGGGGUGCUUUACCUUUGGGUAAUAAUAUCCAAUGACCGGGAUCGCCCAUUGAUAUUUUUAUGCUGUAUCUCUGCCUUCCAUUAUUGUUGGUGUCUUGAGUAACUGCAACAAUUUCAAGCUCCACCAUAUCAAAAUUGCCAUUCAUUUACAUUUAUUCUUAUGAGUGAUUGGUUACUGUAUCCAUAUCUUUAUAAGUGUUAUUGUUGCUUUUUUUUCUUUCGAGUAAGUGAUAUAUUAUAUGAUAUGGUACUUUACCUUUGGGUAAUAAUAGUGACCAGGAUCGCCCAUUUAUAUUUUUAUGCGGCUUUGAUGCCUUCCAUGAUUGUUGGUGUCUUGUGUAACCGCAACAAUUUCAAGCUCCACCAUAUCAAAAUUGCCAUUUAGUUAUAUUUAUUCUUAUGAGUGAUUGGUUACUGUAUCCAUAUCUUUAUAAGUAUUAUUGUUAUGUUUUUUUCCUUCAAGUAAGUGAUAUAUUGUAUGACAGGAUACAUCAACAUGAAUUUUACAUACAUAUGGAGACAUCUAACAUCUAUGAUGCACACACUCAAGCCAUUAUUUUAUAGUAUCUUGCUCUCUUUUUUAUUUAAGGGAACGAAAUAGUUCUAUGGGCUUAUUUGGUUAAGCCUGGAUCAAUAUCACGUAUUGUGGUGAAAUAGUACUAAGAACUUUGUGUUUAUUGUAGCGUCUUUCAAUUACCCAAGUUGGAUCUCACCAUUUCAGGUAGCAUGUCAUCUCUCACAUCUUCAGAUGAAGACAAUAUUGGGGACAUCAUUGAGCCCAAUAUGGGGGACACUAAUGAAUAUAUGGAGCAAGAUACCUUGCUAACAACUACCCCUAUGAAGUCUACAACUAUGGGAAUUGGGGAACAAGGUGCCUCUUCCAAGGGGUUAGAAAUAGAAGAUCCCAAAAUAGGGAUGAAAUUUGGUUAUGAAGAAGAAGCAUUUGACUAUUACAAGGCUUACGCAUUAACAUGUGGGUUUGGGCUUCGAAGGGCAAGUACUCAUACUAAGGAUGGGCGGAGAAUAGAUAGGGAAUUUAAAUGCUCCAAAGAAGGGUUCCGUAAAUAAAAACAUGUAAAAUGUACAAGGAAAAUCCCUCAAACAAGGUGUGGAUGUACAACUAGGAUUGGCAUUAGCAUAUACGCCGAUAAUGAGUGGGUUGUGAUUAGGUUUGACAAGAAACACAACCACGACCUUGUCACUCCAAGAAAGGCUCGACUCAUUCGGUCGCACCGAACUUUAUCGGGUGCAACAAAAUCAAUGAUAAACUCCAUGAAUUCUGCUAUGGUGAAGUCUGGACAUAUUUAUGAUAUAUUUAUUGAGCAAGCUGGAGGGAUAGAUAAUAUCUCAUGCUCACAAAAAGACAUUGAAAACCAAUUAGCAAACAAAAGGAAAAAAUUGAAUGGCAAAGAUGGCAAACGUGUUGUGGAAUGACUAAAUAAAAUGAGUGAAUCAAACCCAUCAUUUUUCUAUAAGUUGAGAUUAGAUGGGGAGGAUCGUAUUCUCAACAUACUAUGGGUAAAUGCUAUGUCACGAGUGUCGUACUAUCACUUUUAUGAUGUGAUAACUUUUGAUACCACAUCCAAAACAAAUUCAUUUGGUAUGCCCUUUGCUCCCAUCCUUGGGGUCAAUCACCACUUCAGCACAACAUUCUUCGGGUUUGCACUUAUUUAUGAUGAGAAAGUGGAGUCUUUUGUAUGGGUUUUUGAAAAAUGGUUAGAAGCAAUGGGUGGACGCCAACCCGGUGUAAUUAUCACUGAUGAAGACCAUGCAAUUACUAUUGCAAUGAGAAAAGUUUUCAAUCAAAAUAAGCAUCAUUAUUGUAAAUGGCACAUUCUUGCGAAGCAAAAAGAAUAAUGGGGUCACGUCUUGCGUAAGAAUCCAAGUUUCCUAAAAAUUUUUUAAUAAGUGUAUAACUAGCCCAACUGUGAAAGAGUUUGAGAUAGAAUGGAAAACACUUAUUGAGAAGUAUAAGCUUCAAAAAAAUGAAUGGCUAAUUAGAUUGUACAAUUGUCAAGUUCAAUGGGUUGACGCAUAUGUUUUCGCUACAUUCACAACUGGUAUGUCAUUUACUCAAAGGAGCGAAGGGAUAAACAAGCACUUUAAGAUGUACUUGACUUCGACAACAAGCUUGCAUUCUGUAUUAGAAAUUAGAUUGAAAUUUCUUGAAAAGAAUAUUCGUAAAACAAAAGAAAAUGACUUGAACAAUAUCACGAAUGCUCCUAUUUUGAGGACCACUUCAUUCAUAGAGGCACAAGCUUCAAAAGUCUAUACACAUAGAAUUCUAAAGUUCUUCGUGGAAGAAGAUGCAAAUUGUAUUAAUUUUGUUAGUGAAACCUUUGAUGACAAUAGGAUAUUUGCCACCUUUAGGGUGACAAAACCUGGGUGUGCAGCGAUGGUAGGUCUUGUGGAAUUCAAUAGUCAUGAUCAAACUUUCACUUGUUCUUGCUACUUUUAUGAGAGGUUAGGAAUUCUUUAUAGGCAUAUACUUAAGAUCUUUUUGGGAAAAAAUAUUUUGGAAAUACCAUCGCAUUACAUAAUGAAGCGAUGGACAAAGGAUGUCAUGAAAGGGGUUGUGGAAGAUAAUAGCGGCAAGCAAAUUCAAGUUAAUUCUGAACUCGCUCGCUCUAUUCGUUUUAAUGAGGUUUGCCAAAUAUCUCGAAAACUUGCAGAGCAUGCCUCAAAAAGUGUGGAACUCCAUGAAUUUGUAAUGUCCGUUGUAGGCGAAGCAUGUGUUAAGGUUGAAGCCAAAAUUGGGCGUAUAGUAGAUUCUCACAAUGUUGCCAAUACCACUUAUAAUGAUAAUGUUAUUGGUGGCACUAGUAAAACGACUGACGAGAACCCUUUCCAUAACAUCCUUGAGCCCCCACGGGCGCGAACAAAAGGGCGACCAACCAAUAUUCGAUAUAAAUCUCGGGUUGAGCAAGAGGAAGAAAGCGAAGAAAGAAAAAAUGAAAGAGGAAGCAAAAGAAGGGAUUCGAAAGUGUGCAGUUUGUAAACGAAAUGGACACGACAAAAGAAAUUGUCCGUCUUUCGCACGUUCAAAGUUGAAUGUCAACAAAAGAUGUAGAGCAGGAUCUUGUGAAAUUGUGGAACAUGAUUAGUUAUGGAAAUUUUUGCAACCAUUUGCCAUCUUUGAGGCCGAUCAUUUCGAUGAGGACAAUCAACAUGAUUGAAUGUGGAAGGAGUAGAUUCAUUGUAUGCAUUUUAAUUUUCAUUUUGGAAGGAGAGAAUGUGGAAGGAGUAGAUUCAUUGUACUUUUUUUAUGUUUCGUAUUGGAAUGAGAGAAUUCAUUGUACUCUUUUUAUUUUCAUUUUGGAAGGAGUAAACUAUUUGCAUU